GGAGAUGUUUUCCAGGUGGAUACUGCUAUGAAGGACAACAAAUGUCAACAUCUAAGCGAAAUAAGCUAUAUCCAUCAUCCUUGUAUAAGCACGGCAAAUGUUUCCGCAUGCAGACUGCCAGUCCUCCGCAACACCCGCAAUACGCGCUCAGGCAACCAACGGAACCCACGAGCCCCACCUUUGAUGCCCCCAUAGUUAACUAACUCAUCUCACCCCCUCCACUUCCAUCAUCAUCAUCAUCAUCAUCAUCAUCAUCAUCGUCUAUCCAUCAAUACAUCUAUACAUCAAAGACCAUCACAAAUACACCCAAAAUGUCUCGACUACAACACCUCGCACCCGCUCUCUCCCGCCUCUACCCAUGGACAUCCAGCCCGCUGAUCGUCAGCGCUCCCAUGCGUGUCAUGUCAGGCCCGGCCCUAGCUGUGGCAGUAUCCCGCGCCGGUGGCCUUGGCUUCAUAAAUAACGCCAGCCCAAACAUAGCCGCAGAUCUAGAGCAAGCAUCAUCCCUUAUAUCCUCAUCUACUCUCAAAACAACACCAACACCAACCCCGCACCUCCCCAUCGGCGUGGGCUUUCUCCUCUGGGCCGACGACCUCGACUCCGCCGUCGCAACCAUCCAGAAAUACAAGCCCUGCGCGGUAUGGCUCUACGCCCCGCCUAACGGCCAAGCAGACCUCGACACCUGGUCCCGUGGAAUCCGCACCGCCUCGCCGGGAACCCAGAUCUGGAUCCAGAUCGGGACUUUAUCCGAAGCUAGGAGUAUCUUGAAAUCGACAGAGAAACCCGACGUGGUCGUCGUCCAAGGCGCCGAAGCUGGCGGCCACGGCCGGGCUAAAGACGGGUUGGGUCUGAUUUCUCUCCUCCCGGAAGUGGCUGAUGCGUUUGCGGGGAGUGAGAUUCCCCUAUUUGCUGCGGGCGGGAUAGCUGAUGGACGGGGUGCAGCGGCGGCGCUGUGUCUUGGGGCGUCGGGGGUGGUGAUGGGGACGAGGUUUCUGGCUGCGAAUGAGACGAGGAUUGCGCAUGGGUAUCAGCAGGAGGUUGUACGGGCGGAAGAUGGAGCUGUGAGUACUAUGAAGACGUUGUUGUAUAAUCAUCUCCGGGGCACGUUUGGGUGGCCGGAGGACUAUACUCCCAGGACGAUUAUUAAUCGGUCGUGGGUGGAUCAUCUGGCUGGGAAGGGGUUUGAGGAGUUGAAGGUGCUGCAUGAUGAGGCUGCGAAGCAGGGGGAUAAGGCGUGGGGGCCGGAGGGACGGCUGGCGACGUAUGCGGGGGCGUCGAUUGGGUUGGUUCAUGAGGUUAAGGAUGCGGAGAGCAUUGUGAAAGAGGUGAGGGAGCAGGUGUUGGAGCGGUUUGGGUCGAUUGGGGGUCAGUAGUGUUUGGUUUGGGCUGGAGAGGAUGUGAGUUGGUAGAAUGAUAUGAAAUUUCUAGCAGGAGGGUUGUGUUGUUGUCAGAGUCUGGUAUAAGUACUCAGCUAACUGAUAAGA